AUGCUCUCAGUCCGCCCCGUCUCUUUGUCUCUCGCACACUCUACGCCCACCGGAGCCAAAACCCUAGAUGAAAUCCUGUACAGUUUAAUCAGCGGCGGCCGCGGCCGCAGAAUUGGCGAGUCAUCUAGACCUUCGCUCGUCCAGGCCUUCCACUCGUCUCCACUCUGGCGUCUCCAUCGCGAGUCCACCAACCACCUGAUGUGGGCAGCAACUCCUUUUCGACCGCAACGACCGCAACUCGCUUUCGAUGCAACUGAUGGUGGUGGGUUUCUCGGCUACAUGGUGUGGACUGUGCAGGAUGAUGGAACCAUCAAGGUGAAGGCUCCCAGGGACAAGCUUACGCUUAACUUCAAGCAUCUGAACCUCGAUUUCCGGCUCAUCACUGACGAGGCCACCGGAGAAAAGAAGCUGAAUAUGGACAUGUGGUUUAGCAGCCGACCAUGUCACUGCAUCACUCAGGGUUUGAGAUGUGUAACUUCCUUGGGGAGAAGAGGGUAUGAGGAAUUUAUUGCAAUUCUUUAUGUUUUGUGCAUUUUAACUUGGUCAGCGGCUAGAUGUGUAUCUUUUAAGACCAUGACGGGCCUGAACGGCUUUAAGAAGUCAAGUGGCUAUAAUAUUGUGAAAUCUUCAGCUUUGCUUGUCAAUUCGUAA